AGCCUUAACUGCUGGCUUUUGGAGGAAGCAGGCUUUUCAGAGUCGAGGGGAACUGAGCUGAAGUGGACCAGGAUUUCGGCGCUAAGGGACAGACAAAAAUAGAAGGUGCAUUCCUUUUGUGUAUAGUCUCUCCGGCUGGAUGUGUGCGUGUGUGUGAGACUUCACUCGCUUCCGCUCCCUUUGCCCACCCUGAGUGUUAUUCUCAGCGGCAGAGAGGGGCACACUCAGAGCGGAACAGGAGACUGGAGGAGAAAACCCAUGCCUCGUGAGUGAGCGGACUCGACAGGCGGAGAGAGCCAAGGAUUCACUGAACAGGUUAGAGGGGAAUGGCACACUCCAAGUUACGCCUAGCAGUGGUGGCUGUGUUAGGCCUUGCUACGCUCCAUAUUUUUCUGAGCUGGCAUUCCAAAGACCUGAUGCAAGUUCAGAGAGUAUACGUCCACAAUAAUUGGCUGAAUUCUACAAACGUCUCCUAUCCCAGCUUGGCCACUAACGAAAGUAAGAUCUCUCUGAUCAACAUUUCUUCCAGUUUCAAGAGAUUUAUCCCGGAGAAGAACAACUUCUGGAACCACAGGCAGCACCAGAUGUUCCAGUUGCUCGAUCGCCUGAUUCUCAAUGGUACCUCCUCCUACAGCCCCUCGUCCAACUGCAUUGAAGCCGGAAUGGGGCCUGAGGUGCUUGAGGCCUACUCCUUCUCCGAGUCCCACGGGGACUUCCUGCGCUACAUGAACUGCAAGGACUACCCCCAACGGAUCAACCAGCCAGACAAGUGCGACGGUGACACCUUCUUGCUUCUCGUGAUCAAGUCGGCAGCCGCUAACUUUGAGAGGAGGCAGGCCAUCCGCGAGACCUGGGGUAAAGAGAGCACCGUGGAGGACAUGCAGGUCCGCACUGUCUUCCUCCUGGGCUCAGCCUCCAACGUGGGCGAUGGCCCCGACCUCUGGAGGCUGCUGGAAUUUGAGAACCGGCUGUACAGGGAUAUCCUCCAGUGGGAGUUCAAAGACACUCUUUUUAACCUCACCCUGAAGGACCACCUGUUCCUCAAGUGGGCCACAGUCCACUGCCCCCAUGUCCGGUACGUCUUCAAGGGGGAUGACGACGUGUUUGUUAACACGCCCGUGAUGGUGACGUACUUGAAAUCACUGAGCGAUGACAUAAGCAGCCAACUUUAUGUUGGACAGACCAUCUUGAAUGCCACGCCACUCCGAGACAAGAAAAGCAAGUACAGCAUUCCCAAAUCCUUCUACGAUGGGGCCUACCCAGCUUAUGCUGGGGGUGGGGGUUUCCUGUACUCGGGGAACCUGGUCAGAUCUCUCUACAAAGUCUCUCACUACAUCCCAUUCUUCCCAAUUGAUGAUGUUUUCACUGGGAUGUGUUUUAUGGCACUCAAGAUUAGCUUACUGCAUCACUCUGGCUUCCAGACAUUCGACAUUGAGGCCAAGCACCGAGAUAAUCCCUGCGCCCACAGCAACCUGAUUCUCGUCCAUCAGCGCAGCCCCAGGCAAACGGCUCUACUCUGGAGAGCUCUGCGCAGCCCAGACCUCAAGUGCUAGUGUCUCCCCCUCCCAUGCUUCCUGCCAAGGGGAUAAUCCUUUCCCCAAAGCAUCAGUCAUCAAGUGGUUUUCUGAAAGAUUCACAUUGACUCCCACUUCAUUUUCCUCCUUGUGGAGCUGAAGAUUCCUGAAAAUGGGAGGAUUUUCCCAUUCUCUGAAAGCUGAAGGUGGAACAGACUUGGCUGCAAGAGGUGUAGCUAUCGAUAUGGCUGCUUUAGUAUCAAUCAGAUACUUUUAAGGUCUUCUGGUUCUGGUGAGAGGUCAGCCUACACAUAUGUUAACCUUUAUAAAUGCUGCUUGCUCUGCAGAGAGAUGGCAGCAUUUCUGCUGUCAAUUAGAGUAUAAUUGGGAGGCAAAUUGUAUACAAAUGUAUACUUUGUGUGAUGAUGUAAAUGGCAGUUCUGGAUUGCCUUAUUGCACUGUGGUAUGCUCAUUCCUCUGAACCAAAAAACCUGGACUCGAAUCCUACCUGCUCCAGAGGUGUGUAGUAACAUCUCUAAACAGGUUCAUGAGAAGACAUCUUAGAAGAACACACAGUUAUUGUAUAGGAGCUCUUGUGGUGCAGUGAUAGUGUCCCUACUCUGAGCCAGGAAGUCUUGUUUCAUGUCCCAUCUGCUCCAGAGGUGUGUCAUAACAUCUCUGAACAGAUUGUUUGUUUGUUUGUUUUUUUUAAAGAAAGAAGAAAAUGGCACUGUGCUUGUACAGAGCAUUGGGUGGUGGUAGUGUCCCUGUCUCUCUGUCAGAAGCACGAGGUUGAGUCCCACAUCAGACCAUGAUUGAUAUGAAAGGAACGAUUUGGAGAUACUGGUGUUGGACUGGGGCGUACAAAGUUAAAAAUCACACAACAGGAUCACCAUCUGAUGAAGAAGCAGCGCUCCAAAAGCUAGUACUUUCAAAUAAACCCAUUGGACUAUAACCUGGUGUGUGAUUUUUACCUAAGGAAGGAGCGUUUGUGAUAUGGUUUAAGUUGGUAGUUAGCCUGGGAGUUCUUCCCACUUAAUAAAAGCAGGAAUAAAGUCUGUGUGAAAAUACCCUUUCUAAAAAUAAAAACUGAUGUCUAAGGGAUGCAAAUCUAUGUAAAGAAACACUAGAUUAAGGAAGAACCUUUGAAAAGGUUGUGUCCUUCAGCAUAGGCUGGUUUGAACUUGCUUACCUGCCUGCACUGUGGCUUUUGUAGAGUCACUGUCUGAUCUAUGUUUGUAGUUCAUCAAAGAAAUCUCUGACAUUGAAGCUUUGCGUUCAAGAUCCAUUCCAGAAUGUGAUUAAAACAGGUAGACAAUCUUUUCCACCAUUUUAAGGGCAAUUGGGGAUGGGUGAAGAAAUUCUUGCCUUCAAAAGGAUGAUCUAUCCAAAGAACCAAAUGACUCCCUACUUUGAUUGAGAAAGGUUUUUGAUGCCAGCUCUUCUAUCCUUGUGCAAUCAAGGCAAAAAAUUUAUUUCUCCCUGUGUGAUGGGUCCCUCUCAAAUGACGUUUCCUGAUGUACCUCACCUCUUUGUCAGCAAUGACCAAAACGCAGAUGGCUGUAGAGCCAAUGCACUGAGAGGGAGAGAGAAGUGGUGGGUAGGUUGUGAAAGCAAGGUCUAGGCUUUCAUCAUCUGUGAGAUUGCGCUAGGAGAAAUUAAUACUUCUUGGUUUGUAAAGAUUCUGAUGAUGAAUUGUACCGAACCAGUGACAGACUGUGACCAGAGAUUGCUGAAGAUUUUUUAAAUUGUUAAUUAAAUUAAUUGUUUGAUUAAA